ACAACUGAUGCGAAGUGUGACCUGCAAUUGUCAUGAAACAUCGACCCGUCCGGGAAAAGUCCAACAGGAGCGCGCGCUCUCCCGUGCGCUACCGUCUGGUAAAGCGCGCGUCCCGUUAAAGAGCGACAGUCUGCGUCAUGUGACGGCGAACGGACGAGAGAUGAAGAUGGCGCAGCACCGGCGCUGAUUCCGAAGAGUCUCCCGUGACACACGUAUGCUACUAAACAUCGCGAAUCACCUCAAAAUCGCGCACGAAACGCCACACGCGCCCGCAACUCGCGUGACUUAGUUCGUCCUCGGGGUGAUUUAACGGAUUGCGGCGGUGAAUCACCGACUGACCGAGCCGAUGAAAUAAAUAAAUGAUUGUCUCCAUCCUUCUAAGAUGCGGCUGCAUCCGUAACGCGCGGAUGGAGAGUCAGAGCUGAUGUUUAAUAUGACACAGCUGUGAAAUAAACACGUUUGCGUUUACUUUCAUGUGUCAUUUCAUCAAAACUCUUCUCUUAUCUUGGUGAUUUUACCGGGAUCAUGUGGACACCGACUGAGGACGAGAAAAUCGGAGUGGUGGUCUGUAGUUUCCGGGGUUCUGUGUCACAUGGUCUGUCUCUAGAGCUCGGAGAAACCGUUCAGAUCCUGGAAAAGUGUGAAGGAUGGUACAGAGGAUUCUCUACCAAGAAACCCACAGUCAAGGGAAUCUUCCCGGCCUGCUACGUCCACUUGAAGAAGGCCGUCGUCACCAACAGGGGCCAAUAUGAGACGGUGGUCCCUCUGGAAGACCCCAUUGUGACAGAAGUCACCUCAACCCUACAGGAAUGGUCUGUUCUGUGGAAACAGUUGUAUGUGAAGCAUAAAGUCGACCUCUUCUACAAGCUCCGUCACGUGAUGAAUGAGUUGAUUGAUCUAAGGAGACAACUGCUUUCGGGUCACCUGACCCAAGAUCAGGUCCGAGAAGUCAAGCGACACAUCACCGUACGACUGGACUGGGGCAAUGAACACUUAGGCUUGGAUCUGGUGCCCAGGAAGGAGUUCGAAAUGGUCGACGCAGACCAGAUAAGCGUUUCAGACCUCUACAAAAUGCACCUAUCCAGCAGACACAGUGUCCAGCAGAGCACAUCCCAGGAUGGUGGAAGACAGAGACACGGCGACACGUGUCGGAUGCCUGUGCCGCACCAUCUUUUAGUCAACCUGAAGAGCUUCACGUACAACACCAUUGGUGAAGACACAGACAUUUUCUUCUCUCUGUAUGACCUGAGAGAGGGCAAACAAAUCAGUGAGAAGUUCAUGGUGAGACUUAACAAAAACGGUGGGCCGAAAAAUCCAGAAAAAGUUGACCGUCUGUGUGCAUUGUUUACGGAUCUAAGCAACAAGGACAUGAAGCGAGAUCUGUAUAUUGUGUCACAGGUCAUUAGGACGGGGCGGAUGUUGCUCAACGACUCAAAGAAAGGCCCUCCUCACGUCCAGUACCGCCGACCGUACGGAUGUGCCGUGUUAGCCAUGAGCGACAUCCUUCAGACCAUCUCUGAACUCAAAGAAGAAAAAGACUUUGUGCUCAAAGUUUACACUUGUAACAAUGAGAACGAGUGGUACCAGAUCCACGAGAACAUUAUCCGCAAGUCCAGUACCAAAUACACGGCGCCCAGCACUAACUACGGUCUGAUCAUCUCUCUGCAGUUGCUGCGAGGCGACAUAGAGCAGGUACGCAGGGAAAACCCCAUGAUAUUCAACCGCGGAGUGGCAGUCACACGCAAACUGGGCUUUCCUGAUGUUAUCAUGCCAGGUGAUAUACGCAAUGAUCUCUACCUCACACUGGAGAGAGGAGACUUCGAGAGGGGCGGCAAGAGCGUUCAGAAGAACAUUGAGAUCACCAUGUAUGUGCUUUACGCUGAUGGCGAGAUCCUGAAGGAUUGCAUUAGUCUGGGCUCAGGAGAGCACACCAUCAGUGAAUAUCGGUCUUUUGUCCUCUACCACAACAACAGUCCACGCUGGAGUGAGGUCGUCAAACUGCCCAUUCCCAUUGACCGAUUCCGGGGGUCGCAUCUGCGCUUCGAAUUCAGACACUGUUCAACAAAGGACAAGGGGGAGAAGAAGCUUUUCGGCUUUGCUUUUACUCCACUAAUGAGGGAAGAUGGCACCACGCUGUCGGAUGAAAGCCAUGAGCUUUACGUCUACAAGUGUGAUGAAAACACCACCUUCAGUAACCACGCGUUGUACCUUGGUCUGCCGUGCUGUAAAGAUGACUUCAACGGAUGCCCGAACAUCCCAUCCAGCCUUAUAUUUCAGCGCAGCACCAAGGAAACACUCUGGAUUUCAACUCAGCUCUCAUCCACUAAACUAACACAGAACGUUGAUCUGCUAGCUUUGUUAAAGUGGAAAGCACAUCCGGACCGCGUAAUGGACAUUUUGGGUCGAUUGCGACACGUCUGCGGGGAGGAAAUUGUCAAAUUUCUUCAAGAUAUUCUUGACACGCUGUUUUCGAUUCUGGAUGAUAAUACAGACAAAUACGGACCUCUGGUGUUUCAGUCACUGGUUUUUAUCAUCAAUCUACUUCGGGACAGUAAGUUUUAUCACUUCAGACCUGUGAUGGACACCUACAUCCAGAAACAUUUUGCUGGAGCGCUUGCUUACAAAGAACUGAUUCGCUGUCUGAAGUGGUAUAUGGACCGAUCAGCUGAAGUUGUUCGACAGGAUCAUAUCCAGGAAGCGAUGAGGGCUCUGGAAUACCUGUUUAAAUUCAUCGUCCAGUCACGGAUCCUCUACUCACGAGCCACCUGCGGGAUGGAAGAGGACCAGUUUCGGGCGAGCAUCCAAGAGCUUUUCCAGUCCAUCCGCUUCGUGCUCAGCCUGGACAGCCGCAGCUCGGAGACCCUCAUUUUCACACAGGGUCCCCAGCCUCCGACAGGACCGGCCACUACCAACCAGGGCAGCUGCUUGCAGCCGUUGAGCAGUAGUGCCCCACGGCCCUCUCCUCUGUCCGCUGCCCUUCUCAACUCUUUCCCAGCUAUAUUUGAUGAGCUCCUGCAGAUGUUCACGGUUCAGGAAGUAGCAGAGUUUGUAAGGGGAACUCUCGGCAGUAUGCCCAGCACAGUGCACAUCGGUCAGUCCAUGGACGUGGUGAAGCUGCAGUCCAUCGCUCGUACUGUGGACAGCAGGCUUUUCUCCUUCCCAGAGUCGAGGAGAAUUCUGCUUCCUGUCGUUCUACAUCAUAUUCAUCUGCAUCUGAGGCAACAGAAGGAGCUUCUCAUCUGUUCAGGGAUCCUGAGCAGCAUCUUCUCCAUUAUUAAAAGCAGCUCACUGGAGAGCUCUGUGCAGGAAGAGGUGGAGAUGAUGGUGGAGAGCUUGUUGGAUGUGUUGUUGCAGACACUGUUGGCCAUCAUGAGUAAAUCUCAGUCGCAGGAGGCGGUAAGAGGGCAGCGCUGUCCACAGUGCACGGCUGAAAUCACUGGAGAAUACGUGUCCUGUCUUUUGUCGCUUCUGCGGCAAAUGUCGGAUAUUCACUUCCAACACCUGCUGGACAACUUCCAGAGCAAAGAAGAGCUGAAGGAAUUCUUGCUGAAGAUCUUCUGUGUGUUCAGAAACCUGAUGAAGCUCAGCAUUUUUCCUCGUGACUGGAACGUCAUGCGGCUUCUUACCAGCAAUAUAAUUGUGAGCACAACUCAAUAUCUAUCACCUGCUCUACAUAAAAGCUUCACAGAGGCAGACUUUGAUUUUAAGGUGUGGAAUUCAUACUUCAGUCUGGUUGUGCUGUUUAUCAAUCAGCCCAGUCUACAGCUGGAAACACUGACACCGGCCAAAAGAAAGAAGGUCUUUGACAAGUAUGGAGAUAUGAGAGUCAUGAUGGCUUAUGAACUAUUUAGCAUGUGGCAGAAUUUGGGUGAGAAUAAGAUCCACUUCAUACCAGGAAUGAUUGGGCCAUUUCUGGGCGUGACCCUUGUGCCACAAAAUGAAGUCCGGAAUAUAAUGAUCCCCAUUUUUCACGACAUGAUGGACUGGGAACAACGAAAGAACGGCAAUUUCAAACAGGUGGAGGCAGAGCUGAUAGACAAACUGGACAGUCUGGUGUCUGAAGGCAAAGGAGACGAGAAUUACAGAGAGCUCUUCAGUUUACUAACUCAACUCUUUGGGCCUUACCCAAGUCUGCUGGAGAAGAUAGAACAAGAGACCUGGAGGGAAACAGGCGUUUCUUUCGUCACGUCGGUCACACGCUUAAUGGAGCGACUGCUUGACUACAGGGACUGCAUGAAAGGUGAUGAAACAGAAAACAAGAAAAUAGGCUGCACUGUGAACCUGCUGAACUUCUACAAGUCAGAGAUUAACAAGGAGGAGAUGUAUAUCCGAUACAUUCACAAGCUGUGCGACAUGCACCUGCAAGCUGAAAACUACACAGAGGCGGCAUUUACUCUGCUGCUUUAUUGGGAGCUCCUGCAUUGGGAGGAAAGACCACUCCGAGAAUUCCUGCAUUAUCCUGCACAAAGUGAAUGGCAUCGCAAAGAGGGUCUUUGUCGUAAAGUCAUCCACUAUUUCAACAAGGGAAAGUGUUGGGAGUACGGCAUCCCCUUAUGCCGAGAGCUAGCCUUCCAGUACGAGUCCCUUUACGAUUAUCAGAGUCUCAGCUGGAUACGGAAAAUGGAGGCAGCGUAUUAUGACAACAUCAUGGAGCAGCAGAGACUGGAACCGGAGUUUUUCAGGGUGGGAUUUUACGGUCGAAAAUUCCCCUUCUUCCUUAGGAAUAAGGAGUUUGUUUGCCGGGGUCAUGAUUAUGAGAGACUGGAAGCCUUUCAGCAAAGAAUGCUGGGAGAGUUUCCACAAGCUAUUGCCAUGCAGCACCCUAAUCAACCAGAUGAGGGUAUUUUACAGGGUGAUGCUCAGUACCUACAGAUCUAUGCUGUAACUCCAGUCCCAGAAAAUGUUGACGUGCUGCAGAUGGAUCGUGUGCCUGACCGCAUCAAAAGCUUCUACAGAGUCAACAACGUCCGCCGGUUCCGUUAUGACCGACCUUUCCACAAGGGCCUGAAAGACAGGGAAAAUGAAUUUAAGAGUCUCUGGAUCGAGCGGACCACACUCAUCCUUACCCACCCUCUGCCUGGGAUCUCCCGUUGGUUUGAAGUGGAUAAGCGAGAGCUGAUUGAAGUCAGUCCGCUGGAAAACGCCAUUUAUGUGGUGGAAAAUAAGAACCAGGAGCUCCGUACCCUGAUCAGCCAGUACCAACACAAGCAGCUUCACGGAAACAUCAAUCUGCUCAGCAUGUGCCUCAACGGAGUCAUCGAUGCGGCCGUCAACGGGGGCAUCGCCAGAUACCAGGAAGCUUUCUUUGAUAAGGAGUACAUUAGCAGUCAUCCAGAAGAUACAGAGAAGAUCACCCAACUUAAAGAUCUAAUGCAAGAACAGGUUCACGUCCUGGGCGUAGGUCUGGCUGUUCAUGAGAAACUGGUGCAUCCGGAAAUGCGUCCCCUUCACAAGAAACUCAUCGAUCAGUUCCAGAUGAUGAGAAGCAGUCUUUGUCAUUGUUUCUAUGUGGCCCUGCAGGGCCUGCCUGGUCUGGACAAACUGAGCCCGGCCUGUUCAGGUGCAAGUACCCCACGCGGUAUCCUCGCCACACAUAGUCCAAUGAGUCCUGAGAGUAUUAAACUCAUGCACCGACACAGCCCUCUAAAUAUGUCGGGCUCUAUCCGCCACUCCUCUUCUUCUCUUUCCUCUCACACCUCCAGUGAUACAGGAAACCUUCUCAUCCUGACGGACAGCAUGAUGGAGCACCCAGAGGAUCUCUAUCGCAUGCAGCCCAGUCCAUCAUCAUCCAGUUUGAGCUCGACACAUUCAGCUCCUUCUCAGAUGAUCAAUUCAGGUCACAGCAGCAUCAGAGUUGGCUCCCCAUCACUGCCCGACAGAUACAGACACAGCCGUGAGAUGUUGAUGCUCCUGCCGCCACACAGGGAUCGUCCCAGUAGCGCCAUGUACCCCAACAUCACUGAAAAUGGACAGCCGACCAGUCACCAGAGGGCUCUGUACCAUCAGGUCACCGGGCCCUGCAAGCCAUGCAGUGACCCCAAUCUCUCUGUGGCUGAUAAAGUGUUGACUGCACCCAGCAGCUGGAGUUUGGACAGUGGCACGAGGGACACUCUCCCGUUCCACUCUGCUCAUGUGGGGAGUGUGAUGGUACCACCCGUACCCCCCCGCACCCUCCCUCCCGGACACUUCUCGAUGCACUUUGAUGCCUUCCACCACCAGAGCAACGAACUCCCUCCAGCUCUCCCUGCGCGCUCCUUAAGAAAGUCUCCCCUCCACCCUAUACCUGCCUCACCCACCAGUCCACAAUCAGGCCUGGAUGGCAGUAACUCCACCCUAUCCGGCAGUGCCAGCAGCGGCGUCUCCUCCCUGAGCGAAAGCAACUUCGCCCAGUCCUCCUCUGAGCCUACGGCACGAGCCGACACCCUGGACUCGAUGCCGAGCAGCCAGGCCUGGACCACGGACACGGAGGAAGCCGACAGCCCGUACCUCCCCGUGCGCUACAGCGUCUCCGAGCCCGAAGUCCUUGACCCGCUCAAGCCCGCUCCGUGCCGUAGUCACUCGGCCCCGCUGGGCGUAACCCCGGGGAUACCCCCCGAUGGUCACCAUCACAUGCACAUUCUUCACCAUCACCCACUUGCAAUUCACGUCACCCACCCCCAUUAUCAUCACCACGAGCCUCCUCCCGCUCUGCCGCCUAAACCCUACCUUAGGGAAGGUUGCAUUCCUGAAGAGGACCUGAGGCCGGUACCACGACCCAUGGCACGAAAGAUCUCCCAGCCUCUGCUCACCAACAAGGAUGAACAAGCUAAAGUGGCUUGGGAACACGGUAUUAGCGAAGAAUAGAGGAAGAAGGUGGUUCUGCUUGGACCGGGAUAUUGAAUCCCCAAAGCAAUGAUUGGUCCCCUGUACUUCCCAUACUGUAGGUCUUUUAAACGUUUGCAAAAGUGCUUGCCAUGUUGCUGAGCUUCCAAACACUAGUGAGAUUUUUGUUUCGCGCUUAGUGAGUGCUUAUUGCCCCCAGACAAGUAUCUGUACAUGGAUUGGAUAACUCAGACAUGUGAUGGCAUGGAAAGAGAUCUACAGACGGUACAGGAAGCACAAUGAUCACAUGGUUUAGAAGGGCGCAAGUUAAUCUGCGUCACCCGGUGUACCAGAUCCAAUAUUUAUCUAUUUUUAAGUUUUACAAUUGUUUUAAUAGUUGUGUCACUCAAACAAUAGUGUUGUCAACCUUCCCAGGAAGCAGUUCUAGUUCUGGUUGGGUUACGCUUUAGCACUUAACCCUAGGCCACCAAAAACUUUAUUAGUUAUUCAAAUACAGUAUGAGGAACUCAGAUGCCUUCGUCAAAAGGACUUUUGAUUGAGAUCAGAUUCAGAGCGAUCCUCAAAACAUACAUGUAGUUUGAACUGUUUGCCCUAAGGCAGGGGUGUCCACUCCUGCUCCUGGAGGGCCGGUGUCUCUGCAGAGUUUUAUUCCAACCCUAAUCAAACACACCUGAUCCAGCUAAUCAAGGUCUUACUAGGCAGACUAGAUACUUUGAGGUAGGUGUGUUGAGGAAAGUUUUAGCUAAACUUUGCAGGACACAGGCCCUCCAGGACCGACUUUGGACACCCCUGCCCUAAGGGGUUGCUUCUGGGUUUUAUUAGUUGGUUAAGAGUGCCACAUCGUGGAUAAUAGCAGAAAUACGGAUUGCCUGAAAAACUUGUCAUUGGCAGGGGAGCGUUUUCUCUUAAUUGACGAGUUAACUCAUCAAUGGCGGGGAAAGAGUUCAGAAUCUGAAAAAAAAUGCUUCUUUACAAGAAAACUUGUCGGACGCACUUAGAAGGUUUUGCAUCUGAGCUCUUCAUUUUUUUUAAUUAAUUUUUGGACUUUCCAGCAAUCAAUAUUGCAUUUGAAAGAUGUCUAAUAGCCGUCCAAACACAGCCCAGAGGUCUAGGCUAAAACAAGGCAACAUUUGGGCUGUUAAAAUAAAUAGCGCAAAAAUAAAUAAAUAAAUGAAACCAAACUCCCCGUUGGCUUACAUGAUUAAAAAUCAUACAUCCCGCAAGUUAUUUUGGCUAGAAGUGGGUUACUCAUAGCCUGACUAUAUUUCUAGUCUAUAGUUAAACUAGAUGGCUAUUGCUUGCUGGGAAAUAGUGCAUCAAGUUACCAACAUAUGAUUAGAUUCUUCUCAUUGUGUUUAUUUGCUCUCCGAAUUAAAUGCAAGCGCCUCUUUUAUUAACACAGCGGUUGAUAUAACACGCCGACACUUCAUUACAAGCCUAAAAACACUUAGCAGAUCGACUGCUACCUCCUGCAUGUUUGCGAGAAGCUUCUCCUAACAGAAGCCGCACACUUAUUUGACAGUAAGAGGCUUUUACAAUCUCCGUAAAGCCUCAUUACACACCCACAGUAUUGUCGGGCUGCGAAAGCAAAUCAGCCGCUUUCAACAUUACAAUUCCGUUACGCUAAUAACGCGACAGUCGAAGAGCUGUUAUAUCAAAGCCAUUUCACUGAUGUCUCCUUACGGUAAAGCAGCUUUUGGUCUCAGCUGGUUUCUUUGGGAUCUGAUUUUCGUUCUUUUGAGUUGACGGUUUCGUAAUGAAGUAUAUAUUUUUAGAUAGAGCUGUUAUAAAAUAAUACAAAAUUCCAAGACUUUAAUAUAAUUGUAUAGUAAAAUGUAAUGAAUAUUUCUAAGAUUAUAUAAUAAACAUCGCUAUGAAAGAUUAUAUUACGUUUAGGGAAGUGAAAAGGUGUGCGCGUGAUGUUUAGGGACUUGAAGUCCUUCAGCUGCUGAUGGAUUCGCACUUUCGAUACCUGAUAGUGUCUGUGUAUUCAUUUCUGAUAACUUGAAAGUACGUGUUAUUUAAAAAGCUAAUUUUUGUACAGUUGUGCAUGUUCUCUACACUCGUGCCCAGGAAGGUCUUCUAGAGACGUUGCUUGUAUAUCUACAGUACACAUCAUUAACUCACAUUUUAUGUCACAUGAUAGGCGUUGAGUGAAAUUGAGACUGGAAUAGAUUUUUUUGUGGCCUGCACUGUUUGAUGUACCACAGCUUUCAAUGGGACAGUACCCUUUUAUAAGGUCCUAAUAUGUACCAUUAGUGACAUUAUGUAUACAUUUUGUAUACACUCAGUGAUGUUUUGAAAGGGUAACACCCCAAUGAUAGCAAGAGGUUCAUAUUUUUACUUUUUUUCAGAGUGUACUGGCUCACACUUCUGCUCUGUAUAGCUGUAUAACAUCAGAUAGACAUAAAUUGGUUGUGGUUGUGCCACAUUUUUGCUUUUAGUCUGGAGAGUUGGAUACUGUUGUGUAUUUUUAUGCACUGUAAUUUUUAUUGGCAUUUUUACAUACAUUGUUUAUGGUUUAUGUAUAAUUUGAUUUAGGGUAUGCUCAUUGUAUGAAAUCCCAUGCUUGAAGAUUAUUAAAGGGAAAUGGCAAGUGUUAAGGAGAUCUAAGGGUUGUUUAUGUAUGCUUUUGUAAUAUGAAGACAGUACGCAUCAUUGAGAGAUAUGUGACCCUGCCUGUGAAAACCCAGGUGAAGUCAUUUUUACGAUUUACUCUUUUGUACAUAAAUUCAUCCCAUAUAAUGUUCUGUAAAAAUUUAACCUUGAUAUGUUUAAUAUUAUAUUAAAUAUUAUUUAAAGGUGCACUGUGUAAAUUUUAGCGAAGUCUAGUGGUGAGGUUGCGAAUUGCAACCAACGGCUCAGUCCACUGCUCUCCCCUUGCUUUUAAAACGCAUAGAGAAGCUACGGUAGCCGCCACCAGAAAAAAUGUCAUUGUCGGAGACAACUUAGUAAAAAAGUUUGUCCGUUAAGGGCUUCUGUAGAAACAUGGCGGCACAAAAAUGUGACUUCCACGUAAGGGGACCCUCAGUGUAUGUACAUAAAAUGCUUCAUUCUAAGGUAAUAAAAACAUAACGGUUCAUUAUAAAAAGGUCUUUAUACACCCCUGAUAAUAGAGUUUUGUAUAUUAUUUUGCAUUUCUGUCAAGAGAUCCUUCUAAAAAUUACACACUGAACCUUUAAUAUUAUAUUAAAUUAUACGACCAUAGUCUGAAUUUCACAGACAGGAUCACAUAUAUGCGAGAAGUGCAUGUUAACCUAAUAGGCCACAGUUCAUUACCUCUUACUGUAUGGCCAAGCAAAGUCAAUACAAGUGAAUGUUUUGACAGAAGGUCUUUUGUAAACGUGGGAACUUCAUAUUCAUCAAACAAUAUUCAAAUCUCCUACAUAAACUAAUCUUAUAUCUCCGUUUUAAUGAUCUAAGUGCCAUUUUCUUAAGUAGCCUACGUCUUUUUUUAGGAAAUUAUUGCAUUCAUGUCUUCAAAAACAAACAUGAGUAAUAGUUUUAACCUCCAAUCAUUUUAAUAAAAAUAUUUUCCAUAUCCAUUAAAUAUCGAGUGAUCAGGGAUGGAAAUGCAAUCUAUGCAAAGAUGGUGUGAUAUAGGAAAGAGUGUGAACUGCUAAAAUAUAUAUGAAAUGGGCCCUGCAUAACUAGAAAGCAUUAAUAUUUAUUGUUUUAAGCACAUUUUGCAUGUAAAUAUUAACCGAUGGAUACUAUGUGGCUUGUACUCAUAAUUCAUAAUAUCCAAAAACAAUGCAUAUAUUCACAAUUCAUUGCUUUAAAUGAAGGUUACUCGUUCGGCACAAAACACCGUGUAAAAAUGACUGUACAUAUUUUACAUGUUUGAUAUCUCAGUGGAAGCAAGCUGAAGUUUUGGAUACGGGCUUUCGGAUCGAGGGUGACAUUUUAUUUUUUACAUUACGAGGUUGCCCUAAUACGCAUCUACAAUAUUCAAUCAAUACUUUGUUCAUAUAUACAGCAUUAGGUGUGAUUUGCUAAUGAAAUAUUUUUUCUUCUGUAUUUUGCUGAGAACACUGAACGAUAUUGUAGGAUGUGUCAAGUUAUAUGAUGAUGAUGAUAUGGGCGUGCAAAGUUAUAACACUGGAAAAUUGACAUUUUUGUACAUAGGAUAAACUGAGUAAAGUGGGGUACUAAACACUCUGACCUGCAUUACAGUUUGUACCGCACAUUGUCUGGCUUUAUUUUGUGUAUAUAAUCCUUCAAAAGCUUUGUAUUUAUAUGGUCAAGAAGGACAAAUCAUGUAUAGACAGAGAUUAAUUGUCUGCCUUGUACUUUCUGAUGUAAAUGUGUUUUUAAAACUAAAAAUGCAAACAAGGAAAAAAAGAGAAAAAAAAUCAAUGGCCUAAUCACUACGAGUUAUUUUGUGUAUUUUGCAUCGAAAUCUAAAGAAAGUUACCAUGCAGAAAUAUGAAAACCUUUGUAUUCUGAAAGUAUUUUUUCUGUAUAUAUUGUGCUAGCAUGAAUAAAUGUGGUGUGGAUUUUAGAUGUAAAUACACAUGUUUUCCUACUCACUUAACCGAUGUGACGUGUAAUUCAUUAAUAAUGCCUAAUAUUAAAGAUAAUGUUUUAUCAACUGA